GGUAUUUCCGGGUCUUUGGAGCUGAGGUUUGGGAAGGUGUGAGUGAUCGGCAUUAUGAGGGUGGUGGCGCUUAUCAGUGGUGGAAAGGACAGCUGCUAUAACAUGAUGCAGUGUGUUUCUGCAGGACAUCAGAUUGUUGCCCUCGCCAAUCUGAGACCUCCUCAGAAAACAGCAGCAGCAGAUGAAUUAGACAGCUACAUGUAUCAGACAGUUGGACACCAAGCACUGGAUCUAUAUGCUGAGGCCAUGGAUCUGCCUCUCUACCGUGCUACUCUUCAGGGCACCAGUUUAGAAACGGGCAUAGCAUAUACCCCACAGGAGGGAGAUGAGGUGGAAGACUUAUAUCGUCUGCUGAAGCUGGUGAAGGAGAAAGAGUCGGUAGAUUCUGUGUCUGUUGGUGCCAUUCUCUCUGACUAUCAGCGCGUCAGAGUGGAGAAUGUUUGUCAGAGGCUUGGACUACAGCCCCUUGCUUUUCUAUGGCGGAGGAAUCAGGAGGAGCUUCUUGAUGAGAUGAUUUCAUGUGGUGUGCAGGCUAUACUCAUCAAGGUAGCUGCGUAUGGACUGGAUCCAGAUAAACACCUAGGGAAGACACUGAGUGAAGUGAGACCUCACCUAAAGAAGCUUUCUGAUCAAUUCGGUGUUCAUGUAUGUGGAGAAGGAGGUGAAUAUGAGACCCUCACUCUAGACUGUCCCCUUUUCAAGAAGAGAAUUAUAGUUGACUCCUCAGAUGUGGUCAUGCACUCUAAUGAUGCCUUUGCACCUGUUGCUUAUCUACGUUUCCUAAAACUUCACCUUGAAGAUAAAGUAUUGUCUCCAGAACCAAUGUUAAAAAGCUCCUGCCCUUGUGACAAUGAUCGUGUCACAAGUACAACUGCACGUGCUACAGAUGAGUAUGAUGCUAACAAGGAACAGCAUCUGUCUUCGGCCCUCCAAGGUCUCCCAGAUGUGAUUCUGAGUGAAACUAAGAAGUGUUCAUUACGUUCCCAAAAUGGUUUUCAGUGGAUUGGUGAGAUCACUGCUAAUGGAGAAACUCUUUUAGAGGCAUGUCAAAGAGGACUUGAAAGCCUUAAAGCCCAAGUGCAGGAGCUGGGUCUGCAGAUGAAAGAUGCUGUAUUGAUCCAUUUGUAUGUUAGAAACAUGGAAGACUUUGCAACUAUAAACAAAAUGUAUGGAAUUCUGUUUCCUGAUGCUCCCCCAUCCCGGGUGUGUGUACAGUGUUGUCUCCCACAGGAUGGGCUCUUCUGGAUGGAUGGGUUGUUCUGGCAGCCAACUGCUUUCCCCUACAAAGAAGAAUCCAUCUUUGAGAGGAUAACUAUGCAUGUGCAGAGUAUCUCUCAUUGGGCCCCAGCUAAUAUAGGACCAUACAGUCAGGCAGUGAGGAUUGGCCCUUGGCUGUUCUGUGCAGGGCAGAUUGCACUAAAGCCCUGCACCAUGCAGCUGGUUCAUGGGGGGAUAACAACUGAAGCUGAGGUCUCCUUGCAGCACGUAACCAGUGUUUUAGAAGCUGUGUGUCCUGGUACAUCCAUCAGCCAUGUAUUGGGCACCCAUUGCUAUGUGACACAACUUUCUCACAUACCCACAGCAGUGACAGCAUGGAAACGAUCCCUGGCUCACAAAGGCAGACUCUCUUCCCUUUCCGUGGCUGUUGUUCCCCAGCUCCCACGGGGUGCUCUGGUGGAGUGGCACGUGGUCGCUGCUCCAGGUAAUCUUGCAGAAAGGAGAGUUAUCUCCUUAUCAGAGGAGGGCUCAGGUGUCCACGCAGAAGUUUGUGGUGUUGUAUGUGAUGAUGGAUUCUGUGCUGCCAUGACACUGUCACUGUGCACUCUGCGUCCAGGAGUACUCUGCCAGGAUUGGGGCAAUAUAAGCAAUCUCAUGAUGAAGGCACUCAACAGAACCAAAGACAGUCUCCCCACUGACACCUCCCUCAUACCACUUUGCUGUCGAGCCUUCUGCAGGAUUAAUGAAGUAACGCUGCAGAGCAUACGGACAGGGCUCCUGGAAGUCAUGAGAGGUGUGUGGGGAGAGGAGGCUCCAGUUCUGGUUCUGGUGCCCAUUAUGGACUUGCCCAACAGUGAAAUUCUACACCUAUCAUUUUUAUUCAGCUCAUGACUCGGUGUGAUGUCUCAGAACUGGAGAAAUAAAACCCUGUGUGCUUAUUCACAAAGGAGAAAAUCAAACAGUGUGCAGGGUCCUUGGUGCCAAAAGUGGAACACAUCAAAUGCUAAGCUCUGAAGAAAGCAAAUAAUCUAUCCACAACUGCAGGACCUGCUAUACAUAAACUUCAUCAUAUUAAUAAUAAAUAAAUAGUUUUAAAGACCUCUCCCAGGCUUUAUGAUGAGGGGAAAGUGUUUUCCCAUAGUGUGACCAGAUUAUACAGUAACUAGCUGCAUUAAAAAAAUAUCCCCUUUAAAUGGUGCUGAAAAAUGUAACAACCCUAACCAGAAGCACUAGAUCAGUGUCAUGGCUGCAUUGUGGGGGCUUUAUACUUAAUUGGUUUUAAUUAAAGCUUCACUUACCCAACAUUUCGUGUUCAUGACUGGGUGCCACUGUUUUAUAUUUAUAUAUAUUUUACAGGCAUACCUCAGAGAUAUUGCAGGUUUGGUUCCAGACCACUGCAAUAAAAGGAAUAUAGCAAUAAAGUGAGUCACACUAAUUUUUUUUUGUUUCCCAGUACACAUAAAAGUUAUGUUUACACUAUAGUGUAGUCAAUUAAUUGUGCAAUAGCAAACAAUGUACAUACCUUAAUUAAAAAAUACUUUAUUGCUAAAACAAA